AUGAUGGAGAUCACGGCUCCUCAUCUCCUGGCGAAACUUCCUCGCACGACAAAGCCGGAUGCUACCACUUCUUUCGGCAAUGUCUACGUUGUGCGGGAUGGAGUGAAAAAGCGCAGGAAAGAAAUUUGCGUCGCAGUCGACGGUGACUCGCUCAGCGUCUAUGAGGUGCAAGAUGGCAAGAUUCUGGCGUCAUAUCCUCUUCCCCCAUCCUCCUCCUUCUCCGGACCUCCAUGCUCGAUCAUCACGCACGCAGACGGGCAGCCAUACCGCACCACGUACUGCACAGUAAAACGUGGCGAUCUACAAGUACAAUCAUUCCAAACCCACGACGGCAAUCUACGCGAUACAAAGACAAGUACAGGUCCAAAAUUGCGUGACCAGCACAGUCCCGCUGUCUACCUCGAUUUCAUUCCCGAUUCAACAGGAGGUCUGGCCCUGAUCGUCCAGCAAAAUGGUGCUCUUAGCAUUUUCUCAGAUGAUCUCAAAAGCACGUUGCUCGACCAAUCUCUAAGCUCUCCUGAUCAACAAGGGAUCCAUGUUCUAGCAGUCCAACAUCUCAGCUUGUCAGAGGCACAAAAAACCAUCUUGAAGCAGAGACCGGAUCUUGUUGCCGAGGCUACUCCGGAUACUUCCUACCUAGUACUCGUAUAUGAGCGUCAGAUUGAUAAAAAGAUUACCUAUGCCGCUUUUUCAAUCGGACAUCGCAAUCGAAAGACUACCUCCCCUGAAGUCUCCCUCCAUGCCUUGUUCGAGCAUCAGCUAGGUUUGGAGGCUCAGGAGUCAGAUUCAGUUAUUUCGAAGGAGAAUUUAUACAGAUUCGGUUCAACAGCUUCCCAUCUCUAUAUUCGAUACGGAGCGUCAUUCUUCUGCUACGAUUUGUCGAGACUGGUUCCCGUUGAGGUCGCUCGUCUACACACUGGAGUCACAGGGAGCUACGAAAUCAUGGCAAUCUCACCUGCCUUUGCGAUAUGCUCGUUUCAAGAUUCCUUCCGACUCUAUGACCUCAAAUACCAGUCAGUCCAGGCAUACAUCGAUACGAAGAAGACCAAUUUGAAGAGAAAACGGGUAAGAAUGGCUUCGGAACUCCAGACUGGCCCCGUCGAGUUCGUCACAUAUUUCGCCCAUUCAGCACGCAUUAUUGGGAGACGGCGGCACCAGCUCCUCGUGAUCGAUGUUAAUUUCGAUAAGCUCUCGAAACAAAUGUUGAUCACAGGCAGCAAACUCCUCCAUAAUAUUGGGCGAGGAAUUGGUGACCACAAUACGCUACCUAAUUCCAACAAUGUUCUGGAUGCAUCGGCCAUCGGUACAGCAGCAGUGAACACAGCCCCCGACGCGGAAUGGCAAUCUGUUCGAAAGCGGCUAGAUCAACUUGCACAAGCCGGUGAUGUGGCCGGUUUUGAAGAUGUCUUUGUUAAUAGUGUCCGCCGGGACGUAUCGAACUUAGCCGUUCUUCCGGAGACAAUCGACGGCUUACCUUCUAGUCGCAUAGCCGUCCCAGACUUCAAGAUCUACUAUCUACUAUCGAAACUUUUCCAAGCAGAUCCGAACACGUCCGUCACAGGGGAUGACUUGACUCGUGCGACAAAGAGCUUGAGGGUCCAGGUACCGUCGUUUCGAUUGCUAAUCUGGCUCUCCCACCUGGGUCUACUUUCAAGCCGCAGCGUACAGAGAGCGGUUGCGACGGUUUCCGGUGUCGCUGACCCUGUUGCGGUCGACGCAGUUGCGCGAGCAUUGCUGAUUGCGGACCCUGAUAAAACCCUUCUUGUGGACUGUCUCAAGAACGGCUUCAGUCCCUAUGUGGAGGAGCAAGCAGCAACCGUACAGGUUCUCAUUGAGCAAGCACUCGCCCAUGCCUCUGAAACAGACCUUCCUCAGAAAGAUCUCGUUGAGGCUGAGCAGGAAACCGGUGAGAGUUUCAAGCUCGCAGCAGGCAUGGAAGUUCAGAGAUUGUCCACAGAUUCAGGUGGCGCGUGGCUACCAUUCCAACUGCAAGGAGCACUUGUUCUUGCACUGGACAAAUUCGGAACUGCGGCAAACUCAAGAAUAUCACAAUGUCUACGAGACAUGUUUCCUCAGACAGAAAUGUUGGCGUUGAUACAGUUUCUGCGUCAGCAGCUCUUCCAAGGAGGUCACACCCGGUCUUUCCAAAGUCAGUCCGGCACCGGAUCCCCGGGAAAGGAAUGGACAGCGACCGUCAAGCUCGAUGCCAUUGUAAGGCUAUUGUCUAGUUGUGUUGACGCCAUCGGGCCGCUCGGCUUUUAUGGAGGCAUGGACCAUGAAGACUUUAUUGGGAAUAUUGUUCCCGAUCUGGUCACCGAGAUCACCCACGCACAGCGGAGCCUGGAAGAUGUGACGGAGCUCCAAGGGAUUCUCCGCGAGGUGCUGAGGUACCAAGAGUCGCUUCAGAAAUACCGAGAUGCUGGUGCUCGAAUCCCCCAUGGGGGACACCAAGCCGGCUCUGAGCAGCAGACCGGAACUAUCGUGACGCUGUAUUCGGAGGCAAGUGAGGGAGGAGAUGGGCUGCGGAACGGGGAAGGUCUCCCAUUGAGCUUGCGGGCGGAGAAUGUGAUCAACCCCUUAAAGACCAGGAAAGGCGGCGGGCAGGUGUCAAAACGGAGUGCUCGAGAGAUGAACAUGUUGGAGCGGAGGCAGAAGGGGCAGUAUUCCUUUGAGCGAUUAGUCUUGUAA